AUGACUCGUAGUAUCCAAAAUCAUCUUUUGUUUGAAGUAGCUACUGAAGUUGCUAAUAGAGUAGGUGGUAUUUAUUCCGUUUUGAAGUCUAAAGCUCCGAUCACUGUGGCUCAGUACAAGGAUGAUUAUUGUGCAAUUGGUCCAUUGAAUAAAAAUACUUAUCAAAGUGAAGUUGAAGUUCAAGAUUGGGAAUCAGAUGAGGUCUUUCCAGAUAAGAUUAAAUCCAUUCAAAAUACUUUAAGAUCCAUGAAAUCUCGUGGUGUACAUUUCAUCUAUGGUAGAUGGCUAAUCGAAGGCGGUCCAAGAGUAUUAUUAUUCGACUUGGAUUCUGUUAGACAUUAUUUGGAUGAAUGGAAAGGUGACUUAUGGUCUCUUGUUGGUAUACCCUCGCCAGAAAAUGAUGUUGAAACGAAUGAUGCAAUAUUAUUGGGCUAUACAGUAGCCUGGUUCCUUGGUGAGUUGGCGGCAGAAGAUCAAUACCAUGCAAUUAUUGCUCAUUUUCAUGAAUGGUUGGCUAGUGUGGCUGCACCACUUUGUAGAAAAAGAAGAAUUGAUGUAGUUACAAUUUUCACUACUCAUGCAACUUUAUUAGGUAGAUAUUUAUGUGCUGCCGGUGAUGUUGAUUUUUAUAACAAUUUACAAUACUUUGAUGUUGAUCAAGAAGCUGGGAAAAGAGGUAUUUAUCAUAGAUAUUGUAUUGAGAGAGCUGCUGCUCACACUGCAGAUGUCUUCACAACUGUUUCUCAGAUUACUGCACUGGAAGCUGAGCAUCUUUUGAAGAGAAAGCCAGAUGGUAUUUUACCAAAUGGUAUUAAUGUAGUCAAAUUCCAAGCAGUCCAUGAAUUCCAAAAUUUGCAUGCGUUAAAGAAGGAAAAGAUUAAUGAUUUUGUUAGAGGUCAUUUUCACGGUAAGUUCGACUUUGAUUUGGAUAACACCUUAUAUUUCUUUAUUGCUGGUAGGUAUGAAUUUAAAAACAAGGGUGCUGAUAUGUUUAUAGAGGCUUUAGCUCGUUUGAACUAUAGAUUAAAGGUCUCUGGUUCAAAAAAAACAGUUAUUGCUUUUAUUAUUAUGCCAGCGAAGACUAAGUCAUUCACUGUGGAAGAGUUGAGAUCACAAGCCGUUGUUAAGGCCUUAGAGAAUACAGUCAAUGAAGUAACAAAAAGUAUUGGUAAGAGGAUCUUUGAACAUGCAAUGAGAUAUCCAAAUAAUGGAACUAAAACAGAGCUGCCAACCAAUUUAGAUGAACUGAUUAAACCGGCAGAUAAGAUUUUAUUAAAGAAGAGAGUUCUUGGUCUAAGAAGGGCUCCAAAUGAGCUGCCUCCAGUAGUUACACACAAUAUGGUUGACGACGCUAAUGAUCCAAUUUUGAAUAAGAUCAGACAUGUUCAAUUAUUUAACAGUCCACAUGAUCCGGUAAAGAUCAUCUUCCACCCAGAAUUCUUGAAUGCUAAUAACCCAGUGCUUGGUUUAGAUUAUGAUGAAUUUGUUCGUGGUUGUCACCUGGGUGUCUUCCCAUCCUAUUAUGAGCCAUGGGGUUAUACACCAGCUGAAUGUACCGUUAUGGGUGUUCCUUCAGUUACUACUAAUUUAUCUGGUUUUGGUGCCUAUAUGGAGGAUUUAAUUGAUACCGAUCAAGCUAAAGAUUAUGGUAUUUAUAUUGUAGAUCGUAGAUUUAAGAAUCCAGAAGAAUCAGUGGAACAAUUAGUCGAUUACAUGGAAGAUUUCUGUAAGAAGACAAGAAGACAAAGAAUAAAUCAAAGGAAUAGAACAGAAAGAUUAUCCGAUUUGUUAGAUUGGAGGAGAAUGGGUCUUGAAUAUUUGAAAGCAAGACAGCUUGCUUUAAGAAGAUCAUAUCCAGGUCAAUUUAAAGAUUUAGUUGAUCAAGAUGUUAGCGUGACAAACAUGGAUUCUUUGCCUGGUUCGAGAAAGAUUAAGAUUGCAAGACCUAUGAGUGUCCCAGGUUCUCCAAGAGAAAGAGGCCAUACUGUUAAUGAUGCUGUAUACAUGACACCAGGUGACUUGGGUACAUUACAAGAUGCGAAUAAUGCAAAUGAUUAUUUCCAAUUAAGUUUAAAUGGCACAUCAGACGAUGAGGAAGAGACUGUCGCUGAUAAUGAAUGA